UCUGUCAACUAAAUCGCUCUAUAAUCUCUGCGCAGUUUUCUGAAUGAAGUGUUUGUGUAAAUGAUUGUGGAACAAAGACUUUUACAUUAAAAUAAAUGAGGCUCGGAAGAGUUUCACUGUUUAGCAUUACUCAUGAGUACGGAAGAGACUCUUUUGAAUCUCGAUUUCGACAAAAUAAAUUCAGCGAUUGCGCCGACCGAUGACGGCGUGGUAUCUUUGUCCAGUAGUUCAGAAGAGAUUUGUUUAGUUCCUGACGUCGGCUUCGAAGGCAGCGUGGAUUCUCCAGGAGUAAACCGGGAGUCGCAGCCGCUCCUGGGCGGCCGCGGCGACUUCGAGGAAUCAUUUAAUCACUUUCCAGAUGACCCCCAGUUCAGCGAGUUGGUAUGGCAGGCGGAGGUGGCAAUUGACAGUGGAAUCUUCCCUGAGAGGAUAUACCAGGGCUCCAGCGGGUCCUAUUUCGUCAAAAACCCGGCGGGGAAAAUAACAGGCGUGUUCAAACCCAAAGAUGAAGAGCCUUACGGCAGACUGAACCCGAAAUGGACCAAAUGGAUGCACAAGUUAUGCUGCCCGUGCUGUUUCGGCCGCUCCUGUCUCAUCCCGAACCAGGGUUAUUUGUCGGAGGCUGGGGCCAGCCUCGUGGAUUCCAAGAUUGGCCUGAAAAUUGUGCCAAAGACCAGGGUAGUGAAACUAGUGUCGGAAACGUUCAACUACCUUCGGAUAGACCGCGAAAGGUCGCGACUGAAGCGGGCCAUCACAGAGCAAUUCCCUAAUCUGAGGUUCAACAGAAUGGGACUGCCGCCUAAGGUGGGGUCGUUCCAACUGUUCGUGGAGGGCUACAAGGACGCGGACUACUGGCUGCGGCGGUUCGAGCAGGAUCCGCCUCCGCCGCACGUCAUGAGGAAAUUCCAGCUCCAAUUCGAGCGGCUGGUGGUCCUGGACUACAUAAUUCGCAACACAGACCGCGGGAACGACAAUUGGCUGAUAAAGUACGAGGGGCCUUCCGCCGGCCAGCAGGAGAUCCGCAUGAGGGACACUUCGGAGUGGAGCGGCGAGGUGGCGCUGGCGGCGAUCGACAACGGGCUGGCGUUCCCGUUCAAGCACCCGGACUCGUGGCGCGCCUACCCCUACCACUGGGCCUGGCUGCCGCACGCCAAGCUGCCCUUCAGCCACGAGACCAAGGAGCUGGUUCUUCCGUUGCUGUCAGACAUGAAUUUCGUUCAAGAAUUGUGCGAUGAACUACAUUUAUUAUUUAAGCAAGACAAAGGCUUCGACAAGGGUCUGUUCGAGCGACAGAUGUCCGUGAUGCGCGGCCAAGUGCUGAACCUGACGCAGGCGCUCAAGGACAACAAGAGUCCCGUGCAACUCGUCCAGAUGCCCGCCGUCAUUGUGGAGAGGUCAAAGAGUGGAUCGACGUCUUCUCGCUUCUUCGACUCGUUCCAACAGCGGUUCCAGCACAAGUCGCCGUUCUUCUCGUGGUGGUGAUCACAUGUUAGGAAAUAUAUGAAAAUGGUGAUUGUUCCGUUACGGGCGCGUAAUAUUAGCUAACAAAUGUAUGUAUAAUUACUGUAUGUACGGCGUAGACUAGUAUUACAAAUUACUCGCAUAUGCUCGGACGACAAAGGUAACUUAGUCUGUGUAGAGAACUUAAGAAUUUAAUAAAUAAAAUUAAAACUGUCAUAAAUUCAAGUUUUGUAAAGUCCUACCUCAAUAACUGGAUUGAACUCGAAGUUUUAUCUUACUUUCGAUUAAAUCUUAAUUUAAUUUGAAACGAACAUUGAUUGCAAAUAAAAUUUGAAAAAAAAAAUACAAACUAAUAUGUAUACUUAUUAUCUUGACAAUAACAAUAAUGAACACAAAUAAUGUGGUAUAGGAAAAAUCUUAAUAAUAAACAAGUCUCUGUGAAGUAGCAUUUUUUGACAGCUGUCAAAUAAAUGAUAUGUGCUUAUUCUAUCUGAAUCCAAAUGUUUUUGAUAAGAGUAAAAAAUAUUUUACUGAAUUAACACACAAAAACACAAAAUUCUUCUUUGUCGACGUUUUAAAUUGUAGACAUGUCGGUAAGUUUGAGUCUACACUGACUAAGUUAUCUGUGCCCUUUAAUUUCCUUUUAGUUAAUUACAUUUAAAUUUAAUUGCAGACAUAACAAAAGUAGAAUUGAAUGAAGUUUGCGUUAUAUAUUUUUUUUAUUUUAUUUAAAAAAUUAUUGAUUGAUAAUAUAAUUCGGACCAAAUGUUUGAUCAAGUCAUCACUAUAAUUUGGUAGCUAGUAAUUUUAACUUGAUAAGGCAUAUAUUUGAAUAGUGUCGUCAAUAGGCGUUUCAGAAAUACGUGAAAACAAUGUCUUCAGGAUUAAAAAAAUAAUGGCUGAAUGUCUCACAAUUUCUUUUGCGCAGAAUUCACGUGCAGGUUAUAUGCUGUGAUCAUCUAAAUAUUUUUCUAUGUUUUUUUUUUUCAAAGUGAUAACCAUCUAGUGAUUUUUCAUUUAUGAAUAUGGAAAUUGUAUAAAUAUAACAUAAAACCUUGAGUUUUGGGAAAAAAAUAUCUGACAUUUUUAAUUUAUUUCAAUGCUAAACUAUAUCUUAAUUAUUUUUACACAAACUAUUCUACUAAUUAGGAAAAUUUAUCAACAAGCAUGUUAUCAACUUCUAAUCCUUUUAUAAUUAUCUGAGAAUUGCAGAGUAUCUUAUUUAUUUAACUAAUUUGUUGGUAAUAUUAUUCCUUGUUAGCCUAUUCAAUAAAUAAAUAAUAAAUUAUCUUUACUAGAUUUUUUCAAAGUUCUGGUCUAGCCUUUGGGUCGCGGAGAUCAGACUAGUCGCUCUAUGUGACCUAGCCUUGGUUAAUCAUCUAGGUUAGGAUCCCAGGCUCUGAAAUAACAUUGCGGGGAAACUUGUAUGAUAGAAUAUCAUUAUAAUAAGGCCCAGUGAGGCUGAAUGCACUUAAAAUGCAGUUGUCAAAGCUGUCAUGGAUCACUAUAGUAAAUACCUAUAGAAAGUACCUUCACUUAAUUCUGAAAUAUUGAACAAAUGUCCGAUUACAAAAGAAAAUGUGUAAAAUUCUGAAAUAACUAAUUCAGAAGAUUUAAAUCUGAUUUAUGAUUUGUUUACAAGACUAUUGUCUUUGUUAAAUAAAAUUAUACAAAAAGUUACAGAAAAACUUGUGAUGUUCACUAUUUCUUUAUUCGACUUGUAAAGUUAACAGAAUAUAGUACAAUUCUUCUAAUUAACUGUCCGAUUUUGUACAAGCAUGGAGAUACCAAUAGUCAUAUAAUUUAAAAUGUUUGAGUUUAACGAGCAAUUAGUUCAAUAGGUUAUAGGCCACACCACGGUGUACGCCAUCUUGUUUCGUUGCAACAAAAUGGCCGACGCCUUGGUGUUGCCAGUCAGUGGUAUAAAUAAUAUGUUAAUAUGUAUAAUCAAUUGUGAGAUGAAUGUUAUAAGUGUAAAGCGGUUUGUAUGAAGGUAUAAUUAAAAAUUAACACGUUUGUGACUUUUGUAUAUUGUUUUAUAUUUCUUCUUUAUAAAUAGUAAAGCUGAACGUAUUUUUUUUUCGCAAUCCAGUAUGUAAAUAUGUUGUUACAAAGAUUUCUAAACCAGUUGUAUAUAUUUUCUACUUAUAUAUUGUUUCCUUUUGUUUUUUAUUCCAUUAUUCUGUGAUAGUGUAUCGUUUUUAAGUUUGCAACUUCGUAUUUGAAUACUUUAACGAUAUUUUAAUAAUAGAUCCCGUACCAACUAUGAGAAAAAGAAAUUGAUUUAUUUUCAAAAUAAGAUACAAGUACUACUUAAUGACUUCAAACACAACAAACAAGUACCGCUUCCAAAGCGCAAGUGUAGAAGAAGCGACGAAACAAUCUACACUACAUCAUUCAAUAGAUUAAUUUUGUGUAUGGAACACCAAAAUGGUAUCAUUGAAGAUAUUUUAAUAAAUAAAAAGUAUAGCCAUACAGUGUUUAUGACAAUGUCAAUAUCAAUUCGCUCUCUUUUUGUGGAGAAAUAACUAAUUAUAUUUUUAAAUGUGCCAGGUCAGAAUCACAUUUGACCUCAGCCAAUCGGGCCUCUUUCUUUUUGUAAAAUAUUAAAUUUUCUCAAUGUUUAUCUCUAAUAUCACAUUCUUUUAUUUUUUCCAAAGAAAAUCAACAAAAUGAUAUCAUUUAGAAGGUGUUUAAAGAAAUUUGAAAAAAUUAUAUCAUGGCUAGAUGUGAUUCCGCCCUUGCGAAUAAUCUUCAUACAAACCGCAUUCUGAGUGAAAUCCAUGUAAAUAGUCUUAACAUUUUUUGUUCAAUGGUUAUUUCCUGUUUAUAUGUAUUAUUUAAUUUUGGAGAGAAAUAUAAUCACCAUUGCAUUUUA